AUGCAAAUCACUCAACUUAGAGCCACAGCCGUAAUCUUCUCUGGAUUAGUCUCUGCCAAUGCAGCCCACUCACGCCACGCCGUCGACUGUGCCUUCUCCACGGCCGCCAGCAAAAGCGAUAUUUGCGCAACCUUUCCGAUUAGUUGGGGACCUAACUCUCCAGCUAUUACCGGGCUCGCAGCCAACUUUGACGGUUUCUACAAGGUUUCCUCUGACUGCACAAACCUUUGGCUCGACUACUGCGUCUGCGUCCACGUGCCUGGUGCGGCCACUACGACACAGGGUAACACCCAGCCAACGACUCCUUCUUCCACUGGCCCAUGGCCCCAAUUGUCCGGCAUUGUCUCCAACUGCAAGACCUUUUACCAGGUCAACUCUGACGACAGCUGCUGGUCAAUUCACAACGGCGAAGGCAUCACGUUUGAGCAGUUCCUCUCGUACAAUACACAGGUCGACUCGACUUGCAGCAACCUGUGGUUAGGCUAUUACGAUUGCAAUGGAGUCUAA